GGACAUCGACUGUAAUCUGUUCAUAGAAAUAAAACAACCAUUUUAAAUUGCUUCUAAACCCUACCUUCUUCGGCUUUCUCCCGACCAUCCGCCGCUACCCUCCAUCGUCGCCGCCGCGGUGCAAUUAUCUGCUUAAGGCUGACGUUAGCUUCUAUUAGAUUCUGUUCCUGAAUGGCAUUUGUCGUAAAAUCCCCAUUUUGCAUCAGCCGCACAGCUUGGCGAGGAAACAAUCAAAUGCUAAAUCCAUCUUCCGACUCGAGAAUUGGGAAUUCAGUAGGUAUUAGAAUCAAUUCGAGGUUUCCUACUGGGCGGGAUUUCUCGGUCAAGAUGUCAAGCGCACAAGUAGAAUCUCUCCAGCUGGUGCCUACUGUUGCACCACCCAAGGAUCUUGGAAUUCCUAUCAUGGUGAAUGGUUGUACUGGAAAAAUGGGGAGGGCUGUGCUCGAAGCAGCUAUGGCCGCUGGGCUUAACCCUGUUCCUGUAGCGUUAGGCGGUCCAGACGAUUCAGGGAAGAUCUUGGAUUUUGGUGGGAAACAGAUUGAAGUGCAUGGUCCCUCCGACAGAGAAUCUGUUCUAUCUUCUGCGUUUAGUGAUUAUCCGAACCUGAUUGUAGUGGACUACACAUUGCCAGCUGCUGUGAAUGACAAUGCUGCACUGUACUGUAAAGUUGGAGUACCUUUUGUAAUGGGAACCACUGGAGGAGACAGGGAACUUCUGUAUAAGACUGUGGCCGACUCGAAUGUUUAUGCUGUGAUAUCUCCCCAAAUGGGUAAACAGGUGGUGGCAUUUCUUGCAGCAAUGGAAAUUAUGGCAAAACAAUUUCCAGGCGCAUUUUCUGGGUAUAAUCUACAAGUAAUGGAGUCGCAUCAAGCUAGCAAGGUGGAUAUAUCUGGAACUGCUAAGGCUGUCAUCACAUGUUUCGAAGAUCUGGGGGCCUCAUUUGAACGAGACCAGAUCCAGCUAAUACGGGACCCUAGAAUGCAAAUUGAGAUGGUGGGAGUCCCAGAAGAGCAUUUAAAUGGUCAUGCAUUCCACAUGUAUCACCUAACAUCACCUGAUGGAACUGUUUCCUUCGAGUUUCAGCACAAUGUUUGUGGCAGAUCAAUUUAUGCAGAAGGCACUGUGGAUGCUGUACUUUUCCUCGCUAAAAAGGUUAAAUCCAAUUCAGACAAGCGGAUAUAUGAUAUGAUUGAUGUUCUCCGCGAGGGUAACAUGAGAUAAGAACGCAUCUACUUUUAUUUUUUCAUGCUAGUCUCUUGUCCUUGCAAUGUUUCUGUCAAGUAGAAGGAAGCAAAUUUUGGCUCUGUGGAUGCUGAGGAGAUUCCCAAUGGAAACUAAAAAUACCAUGUGCUUUAUCAGCAACAAAUUCCCUCGUCAAAACGAAGAUACGCAUGUUUUGCUAUGUUCCCUCGACAAGUGGUCAGUUCAAUGUUGUUGCUUUAGGCCUCGUUACGGAAUAAGAUUAGUUCCUGAUAACCUAAUAUGUGAUUAUCUCAUGUUUUUAAUUCAUGAUUAUAAAAUCCUUGUAUCCUGUAAUAUUUGCAAAAUAUGUUGUUUGAGAAUGAUGACUAUAUUGGAUUUUUUUUUUA